GGCGAGGCGUCAACACAGACCCACAGUUCAGUAGUUCAGUUAAUAGCUAGCGCACCAGGAUCGCAAGGAUUAGCAAAAUGUACAAGUUGGUGGUGUUCUUCGCUCUAAUCGCCAUGGUGGCUGCCCGUCCUGGUUACUUGGAGUCUGGUCCGCUGCUCCAUAGCUAUGCCGCCCCGGCCAUUAUCCAUGAGCCUGCCCUGGCCAAGGUGGGCGCCAUCAUCAAGACGGUGCCCAGUGCCGUCUCCCAUCAGAGCAUCAGCCAGGUGCACAGCUCGGCCCACAUCAUCCAGCCGAUUGUGGCCCCCGUUUUGAAGACCUAUGCCGCCCCCAUCAUCAAGACCUAUGCGGCCCCUGCCCUGCACACGACCCUCCUCUCGUCCCCCUGGGCCGGACACGGCUGGGCUGGACAUGGCUGGGCCCCAUCCUGGUAAAGGGGAGAAGGGUUUUCUCAGAAGGUCCUGGAUGGCUUUGCGUGGGCUAGCAACUAUGGCUAACAACCUCACCCCGAUCCCAAGCUUAUUCUCUUCACCCUGCUGUUUUGUUUUUCUUCUCUCACAUUUCGACUGAU